GAAAUUACAAUCCGCCAUUAUUGUGGUUUGGGACAGGUAAUAUUUAUCAACAAAGUGUUGUUUACCAGCAAUUACUACUUAAAAAAUGCUACAUUAACGCUAUAUGUAUCCUUUUGCUUCGGAAACAAAAUUGUGCAUUGAUAAUUGCACGACAGGGCGACUCCGGAACGAACUGACCGUGAAUUCAUAAUACUAAAUGACUCAUCUUCAGUAGCUACUGUACUUCAGCGUGAUGAGUACCUCCUCCCUACCCUCAUCUGUGUCAGGGGAGUGCGAGGGGGACCCCCGUACCCAUGAACACCUCGGGAUCAUUCUCGCCUGUAUCACUGCCUUACAAGACAUUAUCCACCAGCCCUUCUGUAAUUUCACUUGCUAAAGCAAGUGACGAUGAACUGCGGCACAGAGGUGUUGAGGAACUUGUUAGAAUUGUUCGUCAUAUAGAAUCUGAAAUACGUUCAACAUUGGCUGAACACAGCAGUAUUAUAAAGGAUGUGAAUAGGAGAAUCCAGAUAAAUGGUCUGGAAAUAAGAGGUCUUAAAGACAUCAAUCAAAAACUUCAAGAUGAUAAUCAAGAACUGCGUGAUUUAUGUUGUUUUCUGGAUGAUGAUAGACAACGUGGUCGUAAACUUGCACGUGAAUGGCAGAGGUUUGGUCGAUAUACUGCGAGUGUUAUGAGAAGUGAAGUUGCAGCAUACCAGGAAAAACUGAAAGACUUAGAAAUGAAACAGGAGGAAUUGAUAUCUGAUAAUGCAGACCUGAAAGAGCUAUGUUUGUACCUGGACCAGGAGAGACUGGGGCCAUCACAGGUACGAGAUGAUGGGGACGGGAGCAGCAACAGUACCACAGCAGGUGCUGAUGAGACUUCUCCUCCAAUGGCAAUCAACACUUCAAGUCUUGGUACUCCUGACACUUCCAAUGGUCACAACUAUGUACAGCAACUGGAAGAAAAAGUUAAAGUGCUGGAAGAAGAAAAGACACAGCUAGCACAAAGAGCAGAAAGAAAUGGUGGUGAUGGAUACAGAGUGACUGAUAAAAAAUCUCCAACAGCAGCUAAAGAGCACAGACCUGACAAGAGUCCAAGUCCUUCCAAGCAGAGAACUGCACCAGUUGGUAACUUGUUUGAAGGAUACAGUAAUAAUGUUCAACAGGUCAAAGGGUCAAGGUUAUCUGAGAGUCCAACAAAACCAGAGGCUGUUGUCAGAGCCAUGAAGGUUUUGGAAGUACACGAACAACUGGAGAGGCCUCAGACUGAUGUUGGGGAGGAGAACUUGGGAGAUUCAGAGAAAGCUAUUGUCAGGGAAAUGUGUAAUGUGGUGUGGAGAAAACUAGGGGAUGUUGGGCCUGAUCGAACAUCAGAUCAAGACACAGCUCAGACCCAACAGCAUGUGUAUGAGAACCUCCCGCCAAGACAGACAGCAAAUCCCCCUCCACUACCCCCUAGCCAUCGGCAACCACCAAAACCCCCAUCCUCAUUACCAGUGUCCCAGUCCAAACCUCCCCCUCCCAUUAGGUCACCGCUAUCUACUCAUUCGUCUACCCCACCUCCUCCAUCUCAUAUACAAGUUUUACCUUCACCAAACUUCACCCCACCUCAGUCAGCUCCACCAUAUAUACCUGCUGGGUUUGAUAGGGCUGUCAGCAGUUCACCCAAGCAGUUCCCUACUUACCACAGUCCGCAGGAAGGAUUUGAUACAAUACCCUAUCCUGGUACUACUCAUACUGUCCAUGCUCAGGCUGUACCUCGCCCCCAGCAGUAUCAGCCACCCCCUCCCCCACCUCCACCUACACAACUCCAUGACCGACCCCUUCCUCCUUACCAGCAUUACCCUGAACGUUCUCAUCAACCAUCUCCGCACAUGUUCCCUGUCAAUCAAGCUCCUAUCCAUCCAAAUUCUGAGAGAAUUCCACCAUCUGGACCUCACAAAAUGUACCCAGAAUCUAAACAAAGUAAACAGGAAAGACGGAAUUACACAGACUCUAGAAACUUAAAUGAUUCAAGGGACUCCCACGGAUCAAGAGGGUCACAGCCCAAUAAGUAUUCAGACCCGCGGUAUACAAAAGAUUCAAGAGAAAGGGUUUCGAGCAGAGAUCAGAGAGAACGAACGCAGAAUGUCCAAGAUCGGCGUGAUGGUAGUGGAACAAGGGAAGGCAGAGAUCCUAUAACACAGUCGAGGGAAUCAAGUCUCACAAGGGAGUCAAACAGUAGUCGUGAUCCAAGAGUAGCCAAUCAGCAAUCCAGAGACCAUCGUAACAACAGGGAUAAAGCUGGGCCUAGUGGUAGAGAUAUGAGAGACCAUGGUAGAGACUCUAGGGAAACCCAUAACCAUGGUUCCUUUCCAAAUAGGGAUCCUAGAGACCAUGGCCCACAUCACAAAAAGGACCCUAGAGAUGGUCCACCAACUGGUAAGGACCCUAUGGGACCAACAGAUAGAGAAACAAGGGAGUACGGAGCCCCAGGUGGUAGAGAUUCUUGGUACCCACCGGACUUCAGACAGCAAGAUGUCCGCAACAACCAUGAUCCUCGUAGCCAGUAUGAAAGGGGAUCAUAUCAUUGAACAAUGAAAAGGUGCUAAUUGUUUUCAGGGUAAUUGUUCUAAGCAUGAGUAACUUGUGUGAGCUUGUGGCAUGGUGUGGUGUUCAUCGUCUGUUCAUUUGUUUUUAUUUGCUCAUCUGAAAGUCAAUAUAUUAAGUCUAGUGCUGUUUGGGAUAUGAAAUAAACUUUUACUACUUUCGAAGAUCAUAGGAUCAUAUAAUCAUACUUCACAUCAUUUUCAAAUAUAUAUUGAAUUCAGGAAAAACACUACUUUAUCAAUUGGCCAUGUUUAAAGUCAGUAUGCUAUUGAUGAAAUGUUGCCAACUAAUUUGCUUUACUUCAUUUAACAUACAUGGAUCAUACAUCUAAGGGCACAUGGGUGAAAUAUGUUGGACAAUACAACUUAUUGUUAAAAUCUAGAUAAUUGACAUAUCAGAAUUCAUUCAGACUGCAAGCAUGCUAAGUUAAUACAUAAACGCCCAGGUGAGGGCUAAAGGCCUUUCAGACAUAUUUUGAUAGAAUUCUAGUUAGGAUUGCAUAGGCCUUUAAUUGAGAUGUAAUAAUUUUCGUCAUGGUUGUCCAUCCACCUCUCUACUGUAUACUGCCCCCUCGAAAUGCAUUACUGUGUACUUUGAAAUUAAUGGUAUUCUAUUUUAUGAUCAAAGCCAAAUAUAAGUUUAAACAUUUUUAGUGAGUUGGGAUGAUUUAAAAUUAUUUCCAAGUGAUGUUAUUGAGAAAUAUUGGCUGAAUGAUGUGUCAAAUAUCCCAAUAGAUCAAUUGUCAGUCAGAUUUUAUGUUCAAAAGGUAAUUUUGUGAAAAAAACUGUUUUCAUUUCUUUUGUAUAAAACGUGUCGUUGCAGUAAUAAAUAUAUAAACAACACCAUGGUCAGAAAAAAUGUCAAACAUUUUUAUGUCUCCAUCAUCGGGGAUAAACAGUGCUAGGUCUCUCUCCUUUCAAUCUGAUGACAAUCAUCAGCUCAUGGACUCUUUUCAACAUUUUUACUCACGAACAUCAGUAAACAAAGCCAUGGAAACAUGAUUUUAAUCUGGCCCCAGUUUGCUCCUUAACUUGGAAUCUUCCAUAUUAAAGCAUUAUAUGAUUUAAGAAAAAAUACUUUUCCUUAGAUUUUAUAAUACUCUCAUAUGGAUUUUUUUUAACAUAAUGAGUUUCCUAAAUGUUAGGACUAUUGAUGAGACUGUGGCCUGAUUGUUAUACCUUAAUAAACAUUACUUAUGGAUAUUUCAUUAAUUAUUUAUUGUUUUUUAUACCAUUUUGUGUUUGUAACUAUGGCAGCCCACUUACGACAAUUUGAAUAUUAGGGUUCAUUAUCGAAAGAUA